UUCUUCUUUUGAAGCUCCCGGUUCCUCCACCUACCAACACAAAAAAAAAAAAAAACCUCAAAGCCUUCUUUAAUGUUCACAACCAGAGAGCUCGGAUCGCUCUCCAAUGGCACUAUCUCUAUCCUUACAACUCAUCCGAUUCCCUCCUCAAGCACUAUCCUCAUCCUCUCACCAUCUUCUCAUCUCUGACCUCGGCUCCGUCUCGCGCUUCUUCCGAUCUCCAUGUCUUUCCUCUUUGGCUCCGUCGCGGAACUUCACGAUGAAGUUAUCUUCCAGAACCAAGUGUUUCUCCAUGUCCACCGAGGAGGAACAGUGGAGUGAAUCGGAAGCGUUGGUGUCCGAUGUGGACGAAGGGGGAGAUCUUGCGGACGAUAUGGAUAUUGGUGUUCGGGAUGACAGCUCUGUGGCCACUGCUGCUUCCGCGCAGAGGAUUUCUUCCUCUUCACCGAGUGAUUAUCUGUCGCUUGCGAUUCGAGAGCAGGUUUAUGAGGUGUUAGAGGUUAAAGCUGAUGGAACCGUAUCUACCAGGAAGGUUAACAGACGGCAACUAUUGAAGUCAAGUGAUAACCGUUGGAUGACAAAUAGGCUUCGUCCACGUGAUAUCCGAAGUGUUGAUCCAUCUUUAUUUUUGACAAACUCAAUGCCUACAUUACUGGUCCGCGAACAUGCUAUUUUGCUUAAUCUGGGAUCGUUGCGAGCAAUAGCUAUGCAGGAUUGUGUCCUCAUAUUCGAUUAUAACCGUCCAGGAGGACAAGCUUUUAUUGAAUCAUUGUUGCCUCGAUUGAACCCAAAAAACAUGAAUGGAGUGCCAGCAAUGCCAUUUGAACUCGAGGUUGUUGAAGCUGCAUUGCUUUCACGAACUCAGCGUUUGGAGCAGCGACUAAUAAAAGUAGAACCUCGUGUUCAAGCUCUGCUUGAGGUAUUGCCCAACAAAUUAACUGCAGAUGUGUUGGAACAACUUCGUAUUAGCAAGCAGACAUUGGUUGAAUUAGGUUCCAGGGCAGGGGCUCUCAGACAAAUGCUUCUUGAUCUUCUGGAGGAUCCGCAAGAAAUACGACGCAUCUGUAUUAUGGGAAGAAAUUGCACGCUUAAUAAAAGAAAUGAUGAUGUGGAGUGCUCUCUUCCUUUGGAUAAGCAGAUUGCUGAUGAUGAGGAAGAAGAAAUAGAAAUGCUGUUGGAAAAUUAUCUCCAGAGAUGCGAAUCUUGUCAUGGUCAGGCUGAAAGGCUUCUGGAUUCUGCAAAAGAAAUGGAAGAUUCAAUUGCCGUCAAUUUGAGCUCGCGACGACUAGAGGUUAGCAGAGUGGAAUUGCUUCUCCAAGUUGGGACAUUUUGUGUGGCAGUUGGUGCUUUAAUUGCAGGAAUAUUCGGCAUGAACUUACGAUCAUACCUUGAAGAACACGUGUUUGCCUUCUGGUUAACAACAGCUGGGAUAAUUGUUGGCGCUGUUGUGGCAUUCUUUCUCAUGUAUUCAUAUCUCAGAGAUAGGAGAAUCCUAUAGCUAAAUACUUGUUCAGGUCAUUCAACACUCAAUCUUGGAGGGGCUGCUAUCCCAGUGAUGGGGAUGCUAAUUGUGAAGGGUAUGUCCAUAUAUCCAUUAUGUUCAUAUGAAAUAAUCAAUCUCUUCUCAUAUAUAUGAUAUAGCUGAAUAUAUUAUUAGGCCGUGAGCCAAUAUUGGCACCAUCACUCAGCUUGGUUUAUGAAACAAAAUGAGGAGAAAUCUUUGACUUUGCCUCCUAUCCUUGAAGCUCUCAAAUCAUCUCCAAUUCAAAUGGGGAGAGGGGAUUUCCAUUUCAUCUCAACCGAGUUAUUAUUAUUAUUUUUUUGAUAAAUAAUCUGCAUCCAAAAAUUUCGAUUAUCUACAUUUCUUAAAUUCGUUUAAUGUAUUAGAUUGAACUUCAGUGAUAUCUCUCACUUUGUUUUUAUACUUGAUUUAGAAAUUUAAUUGAGUGUAUGUUAUAUACCGUAGCACUCAAAAUUAACUGAAACGUUUUUAUUAAA